AUGUUCUCAGAGUACGCCUCGAGGUUCCUGGCUCAGUCGCAGUCCCGCCUUUCCAACUUCCAAGGCCAGCCCGACGUCGACACACCACCGCGAAGCCAGCCAGGUGAAUGGACAAAUAGAACAUCCAGGAAUGGGAACGGGAACAGAUCUUUCCUUGGUCGUGGAACAAACCCUUAUCAGCCCUCCGCCUCUCGCUUUGGUCACCUCAGCUUUGCGUCCAGGCUCGCGACCCCUCAAGAUGCACCCCUCUUCCACAGCACUAGGGACGAACUGCGGGAAGAGGAAGACGAGGAUGAGAGGGAUAGAGAGGCUGCAGAUCUCUAUGCUCUGCAGAGGUCUCGUCGCGUCUUCCAGGCGAGCCGGCUGGAAGAAAGCACCGAGCCCGAAGAUGAAGGGGACCCAGCAUCACUCGAGCAUAGCCAGGAACAGCAAGAUAGCAGGGCUUUCUUUGAGCGCGGACAAACCAGGGGCAUAAAGAGCAGUUGGAGUGGGCCCAGGAACAGCUUCGCCCGCACUGGUCCAGGGCGAGGCGGUGGUCACGAGGGCAAUCUUGAGAGGGUAGUCUCCAACAGUAGCGACUCGUCCACGAAGGCAAGGAUGGAAGACGUCGGUCUGGAGUCGACGAUAGCAGACAGCGAACCACCCGCUGAGCUCACCAUGGAGCAGUCCGCCGACGACGCCCCUGCCUUUCAGAGGCUGAAGGGCUUCAAUACGACGGCUCGUAUGCCAUUACGGCGAGACUCUACGAUGGAAUCUGAGGCAGGUAGCUCUCCUUACGAUGACCGACCAGACGCUGCACCAGCAGCCCCAGAGGGCGAGCUCUUUAAGCAUGACGCAUUCUUUGCCUGGGUAUAUCUCAUCGCCCUCGCCUCGAUGCUGGCCACCUUCAUCCUGGUAUGGCUGCACACUUCCGCCCCUAGCGGGAAGAAGCCCCUGGGUGAUACGAUAUAUACUGUUCUAAGAUCGUCUUUCCACCUCCUGGCCGUGGACACCUUAGUGGCAAUGAUUGUCUCGUUCGUUUGGAUUGCCGCCUUGCGAUACUUUGUCAGGCCCCUGGUUGGCUUGAUUCUGGUAGCCGUUCCGAUUGUUAUGCUCUCUUUCUCGAUAUACCCAUUCGUCUCGAGCUUCCAGGGCGAAAAGCACGGUUCGACCUUCCAGGAUGUUGUCAUGCGAUGGGCCUCAACUGUCCCCGGCUUCUUUGCGGGUGUGUGGGUCUACAUGGUUUGGAAGGGACGUCACGCACUGGGCUCAGCCAUUGCGAUUCUCGAAUUCUCCAGCCGGAUUCUGGCGGCAAACAGUGCUCUAAUGCUAGUUGGAAUGGGCACUCUCGCCCUGAUCGUGAGCUGGACAUGGGUUUGGCUGGCCAUGUUCACCAGGGUGUUCCUCGGCGGGUCCUUCUCGGGCGUAUCCAGGUUCGUCCUCCAAGCAUCAAGCUGGUGGCUAGGCGUGUACUUCCUCAUGAUGUACCUGUGGACGCUCUCCAUGAUCUCGGGUGUCCAGCGAGGGACAACUGCGGCCACAGUUUCACAGUGGUACUUCCAUCGCAAUGCAGUACCAGCCGUGGCGUCUCGCGAGAUCGUGGCGGCUGCCCUGAACCACUCCGUGACCACCAUCUUCGGGACCAUUUCGCUGUCCACACUAUUGGCAUUGGUGGUUCGGAUGCCCCUGCUUGUCCUUCAUCGGCGCAUUGCCAGCAUCAUUGCCGCCUUUUUCUAUACCUUCAUCCCUACAUCCAUCGUCGCUAUGACAAACCCUCUUACUCUUACCUACGCUGCCAUCCACUCCCAGCCUCUCGUGGACUCUGCACGCGGCCUGAGCCAGAUGGACUUCCUCGGCCCGCAAGCGCCAACGACAACCCUCACCCCGCGCGUGUUCAGGCAACGAGGCAGCGCCCCUCUGCUUCCUUACCGCCUGGCGAAGCUGCUCCUUCAGGCUACCAAGUUCAUCAUGGCCACGGCCUUGGGCUUUGCGGGGUGGGUGAUGACUGCAAGGCAGUUGUCGAUCUCUGUGCCGGAUGGCAGCACCGGCUUCAAGGGCAGCGCAUAUGCCUACGUGGUUGGUCUUGUGGCGAGCUUUAUUGGCUGGGGAGUGCUUGGCGCUAUGGAGGGGAUACUCAGCUCCAUCGUGGACGCGGUGGUAAUCUGCUACGGCAGUGAGACGAAAAUGGUCAGUGGAGGGGGCGGGUAUUGCAUGGAGGCCGCGCAGCUGUUUGGCGGAAGAGGGAGAAGACAGGAUUGGGAUGAGGCUUCAGAGUAUUGA